CUGUUGUAGCUGAAGUUUAUAGUUGAGCACAACCAAGAGAGGGAAGUUUGCUAUAUGAGCCUUUGAAACUGCUAUAAAUGAACAAGCUGUUCCGCACGAUUUCAAAAUAAUCCGCGUGUCAGUGUCAUCUUUCUUAUGCAAAGUAGCUGUCUUUGAAGGCGGAUCUGUUGGCAGGUUAGACCGGGACUGAGGCUCCGACCAGCUCAGACAAACGCUGCCACCAAACGCAUCAACUGCUUGCUUCUGGGAGAGAAUAAUCCGGCAAUUCUGGGACACAUUUCUUAUUAUCACCGGGGAUAUUUACUGGCUUAUUUUGCUCACUGGUGAAUUGUUUCGACUGCCUCGCGAACAUCCAUCCUGGAGCACUGAAGGAAACCAGUUUUUCCAAGUUGUCGCACAAGGACUUAAAUCGCACUGUGACACAGAGAUCCUGUGAAGAAGUGUCAUGAAACGAGAGGACGGAGCAGCGAGUAUUCUGAAAACAAGCAGGGAACAAAUCGGAGCACAAAGAAACUAUCUUUUACUCACAGUAGACUGAUACACGGUGCAAGAGACUGAGCAAGUAGUUCUAACACUGCAGCCACAAACCGAGCGCUUCAAAGCAUGGACCUCAACGCACGCUACUUGCAGCGAGAAAAUCUUUUGGGACCGUCGCGGGAUUUAUAUUUCAAUUAAACUCUCCAAACCUAAAAUGAAGACUACAAUGGUCUUGCAGCAGCUAGUUGUGUAAGUUUUUUUCCCACUCUGAUCCUACACACAAACACCAGCCUGGUUGCAUCACUGACUUUUUAAUGAAACAAACUUGUGUUGUGGUACUGGUGAAUAUUUCAUCGAUUUAUUUCCCCUUAAAUUAAGCGGGGAAGAUGUGUUCGUUUGCUACUCUGAGCCUCAUCUGUGUGCUGCUGGUCCUGUGGAAUGAUGGGGGAUCAGCCAUUGGCUCACUAGACCCUGACCCUGACUGGUCAAGAGAGGGGAGAUGUCAACACAUCAGCAUCCCCCAGUGUAAAGACAUUGGCUACAACAUGACUCGCAUGCCUAAUCUUAUGGGCCAUGAUGACCAAAAAGAGGCAGCCAUAAAGCUGCAGGAGUUCGCAACACUGAUACAGUUUGGAUGCCACAGUCAUCUCAAAUUUUUUCUAUGUUCACUCUAUGCUCCCAUGUGCACAGAGCAGGUGUCCAACCCCAUUCCAGCUUGUAGAGUUAUGUGUGAGCAGGUCAAGCUGAAAUGCUCACCCAUCUUAGAACAGUUUAACUUCCCUUGGCCUGACUCUCUGGACUGCUCGCGGCUUCCAACCAAAAAUGACCGUAACAACCUCUGCAUGGAGGCACCCAACAACAGCUCAGAUGAGCCUCCCAAGGUCUCCCACACCCAACCUCCAGAUUUUAGACCACAGCGGCCUCUGAGUGGGCAAGACCUGCACCUCAAGGAUAGCAGUAACAAGCAGACAUGCAGCAACCCUGGCAAGUUCCACUUUGUUGAAAAGAGUGAGUCCUGUGCCCCCAAAUGCUACCCCAAAGUUGAUGUAUACUGGAGUCAGGGUGAUAAGCAGUUCUCUCUGGUGUGGAUGGCCAUCUGGUCCAUCCUCUGCUUUGUCUCCAGUGCCUUCACCGUGCUCACUUUCCUCAUAGACCCGCAGCGAUUCAAAUACCCUGAGAGGCCAAUCAUCUUCCUCUCCAUGUCCUACUGUGUUUACUCUGUGGGCUACCUUGUCCGACUUUUUGUGGGAGCUGAGAGAAUAGCCUGUGACAGAGACAGUGGGGUCCAGUAUAUUAUCCAGGAGGGUCUGGAGAGCACAGGCUGCACUAUUGUGUUCCUCAUCCUGUAUUAUUUUGGCAUGGCCAGCUCCCUCUGGUGGGUUAUCUUGACCCUUACAUGGUUCCUGGCUGCAGGGAAAAAGUGGGGUCAUGAGGCCAUCGAGGCCAACAGCAGCUACUUCCACCUGGCGGCGUGGGCCAUCCCCGCCGUAAAGACAAUCAUGAUUCUGGUGAUGAGGAAGGUGGCGGGUGACGAGCUGACAGGCGUCUGCUAUGUGGGCAGCAUGGAUGUCAAAGCUCUCACAGGAUUUGUGCUCAUUCCUCUCUCAUGCUAUCUUAUUAUUGGUACCUCUUUUCUGCUGUCUGGCUUUGUGGCCCUCUUCCACAUCCGGAAGAUCAUGAAAACAGAGGGAGAGAACACAGACAAGCUUGAAAAGCUGAUGGUUCGCAUCGGUGUCUUCUCCGUGCUCUACACUGUCCCUGCUACCUGUGUCAUUGCCUGCUAUUUCUAUGAGCGGCUCAACAUGGACUACUGGCGUAUCCUGGCAGGGGAGCAGAAGUGCGUGAACAGUAGCGGGCUAGAUUCAGACGAGUGCGUCAUGAAGACUUCUGUCCCCGCUGUUGAGAUCUUCAUGGUAAAGAUCUUUAUGCUUCUAGUGGUGGGCAUCACUAGCGGCAUGUGGAUCUGGACCUCAAAGACACUGCAGUCAUGGCAGAAUGUGUUCAGCAGGAAGCUAAAGAAGAGGACGAGGAGGAAGGCUGCCAGCGUCUUCACCAGCAGCAGACCGUACAUCAAACCUCACCCAUCUCUCAAAGGCCACAGUACAAACUACAAGCCUACACGGCCCCCUCCAACAUGUGUAUAAGGUGGCUCUCUUUGUAUAAACCCCAAAAAAUAUUUGUAAAGCUCUUACCUAAACUAGACUUUGUAAUUAGAGUGCCAUCAAAAAAAUCAACAUUAAUGUUUUAUUUAUGUAAACUGCAUUGAAGAAUGAAAUAUUUGUGUAUCUUGAGCCAUCUCAUGCAACAAGAGUUGCCUUUGUUUGCAAAAAAUACUGCUACUCCUGGAUUCACUUAUCCCAUUGAGGACUCAGUAGAGAAAAAAAUCUUAUUGUUUCCAAGACAAACACAGUGGAAUAAACCAUUUGGAUGUGCCAUGGGGUUACUUGAAUGAUGUGCAAUAGAUGUUUUCCUUACAGGCAAAAAAUACACUUGUGCUGUUACUGAUUACAGACACUGAAAAGACCCCUGAAAUAAUGGAGGCAUAUGGUUUGAGAGAUGAGUGUUGUGUUUGGCAUUUUAAUGGAAACCCAGACAGUGUCAUAUAUGUUUGAACUGGAGUGAGAGCAGCUGUUGAGAAAAAAAAAAGCCUAUUGUGAGGCAAAUCUACGCCAUUAAUUAAUCAAGCACUCGUUACUGAAAAGUUACUUGUACACGCAGUUGUUUUCCUUUUUUUCUUUGCUAUUUUAUAGCACAAGGAGACAUUUGUAUAUAUUUCUAAAGAAGUUGAGAUUUUAUAGAAAAAUUAAUAAAACGUUCUAGUUUUAAAUGUUUGUCACACUGGAAGUGUGUUGGUAUUCUCUCUGUUAGAAUGAGUCUUCAUCCUCAUACAGAGGUUGCAACACUGCUUCUCACCUUCGCCAUUGCGCACUGAGAGCAGUCGGUUUAAUUCACCAUAAAAAUCAACAUAACUGAUCUAAAUUAGUGAAUGUAAUGAUAUGUCAGAGCUGUAAUUUAACUAUUUGUCAUCCAUAAAUGACUGAUUUUACUAGCAGUUCAGAUCAGCUCAUAAAUGUUGCACAUACACUGCAUAUCUUCUACUAUGGAAAAAUACAGUUGUACAUCUGAAAAAUGAUGGACCAUGUUACUGAACUUUGUCGAACCGUUACAUGCUAAGUCGUAUUGGUUCUCAAGUCAACAGGAAACAUAAACAGUGACGUCUUCGUGUUUCAAAUGUUCAUGAGGGAAACAUUUAUGUCUGUUGCCCUGUACCUGCAACUAACAGCAAAAAAAAGUAGGUGUGCAUGUUUGAAAGAUCCUUUGUGGCCUUGUGUUUGCUCUUUAGAUACAAUACAGAGGGUAACAAAGUCACCUUUGUGCAUAAGUUUAAGUUUUUUUCAUACAAAAUGGCCCAAGAGGAUUUUGAUUUUAACAAAACAGAAUAACAUUUUAUUGUCAGGUGCAGUUGCCAUUUUUUCUGAGACUAGAAUAUUUGUGUUUUAUUUUAACGUUCACUUUGAAACCAUGUACAUGGGUUUUCCUGUUAGUGGACAUUUCAGAAGUGGUGAUGUCUUCAAAAGGCAAAAUUACACAACUAAACUGUCCAAUAUUUUAGCUGUGGCUGUCCUUGGAGUUUUGAUAGACUGGUAAUGAUAGUUUUUAUAUUCAUCGCUGCCUUUUUGCUGGGUAUAAACCUUUGUACACAUUUUCAGCUGAAGUGAAUAUACAACUCUAUUUUAGCCCCCCAACCUCCUCACUUGCUGUGCUGCAUGUGUCAUUGAAGGGGUUCUACAAUAAUCCAGCUCUCAUUCAGGACA